AGAGACGCUAGGGAUUAGCACUCUGCCUCUCCUCUCCUUCCUUUUAGACGCCUCAUCCUCCCCUUGGAGCUUCUAGUCCAUUCAGCAGAAGCAAUCGCAGGAGCGGGGCCGCACUCAGUGCUCCGGGCUGAGCGCCCCAGUCCCCGGCUCACUGCGCUCCUCUGCUGUCCCAGCCGCCGGCGCGCCGCGGGAGGAAAAGUUUCAAGAGCGGGGGGGAAUCUGGCUUAACCAUAAAAAAUGAGCGAACUGGAGGAAGACUUUGCGAAGAUUCUCAUGCUCAAGGAGGAGAGGAUCAAGGAGCUGGAAAAGCGGCUGUCAGAGAAGGAGGAAGAAAUCCAGGAGCUGAAGAGGAAGCUCCACAAAUGCCAGUCGGUGCUGCCGGUGCCCUCCACCCACAUCGGCCCGCGGACCACCCGGGCACAGGGCAUCUCUGCCGAGCCUCAGACUUAUAGGUCCUUCCACGACCUGCGCCAGGCGUUCCGGAAGUUCACCAAAUCCGAGAGGUCAAAGGAUCUCAUAAAAGAGGCCAUCCUUGACAAUGACUUCAUGAAGAACUUGGAGCUGUCACAGAUCCAGGAGAUUGUGGAUUGUAUGUACCCCGUGGAAUAUGGCAAAGACAGCUGCAUCAUCAAGGAAGGAGAUGUGGGAUCCCUGGUGUAUGUCAUGGAAGAUGGGAAGGUUGAAGUUACAAAAGAAGGUGUGAAGCUGUGCACCAUGGGUCCAGGGAAAGUGUUCGGGGAGCUGGCCAUUCUUUACAACUGCACCCGGACCGCGACCGUCAAGACUCUUGUAAACGUGAAACUCUGGGCCAUCGAUCGACAAUGUUUUCAAACAAUAAUGAUGAGGACAGGACUCAUCAAGCACACCGAGUACAUGGAAUUUUUAAAAAGCGUUCCAACAUUCCAGAGCCUUCCUGAUGAAAUCCUCAGCAAGUUGGCCGAUGUCCUCGAGGAGACACACUAUGAAAAUGGAGAAUAUAUCAUCAGGCAGGGUGCAAGAGGAGACACCUUCUUCAUCAUCAGCAAAGGGAAGGUGAAUGUCACUCGGGAAGACUCACCAAGUGAAGACCCCGUCUUUCUUAGAACUUUAGGGAAGGGAGACUGGUUUGGAGAGAAAGCCUUGCAGGGGGAGGAUGUGAGAACAGCAAACGUAAUUGCUGCAGAGGCUGUCACUUGCCUUGUGAUUGACAGAGACUCAUUCAAGCACUUGAUUGGAGGACUGGAUGAUGUUUCGAACAAAGCGUAUGAAGAUGCAGAAGCGAAAGCAAAAUAUGAAGCCGAAGCCGCCUUCUUCGCCAACCUGAAGCUGUCUGAUUUCAACAUCAUCGACACCCUCGGAGUCGGAGGUUUCGGACGAGUAGAGCUGGUCCAAUUGAAAAGUGAAGAAUCCAAAACAUUUGCGAUGAAGAUUCUCAAGAAACGCCACAUUGUGGACACGAGACAGCAGGAACACAUCCGCUCAGAAAAGCAGAUCAUGCAGGGGGCUCAUUCCGACUUCAUUGUGAGGCUGUACAGGACAUUCAAAGACAGCAAAUACUUGUAUAUGUUGAUGGAAGCUUGCCUAGGUGGAGAACUCUGGACUAUUCUCAGGGAUAGGGGUUCAUUUGAAGAUUCGACCACCAGAUUUUACACAGCGUGUGUGGUAGAAGCAUUUGCCUAUCUGCAUUCCAAAGGAAUCAUUUACAGGGACCUCAAGCCAGAAAAUCUUAUCCUAGAUCACCGAGGUUAUGCCAAACUGGUUGACUUCGGCUUUGCAAAGAAAAUAGGAUUUGGAAAGAAAACAUGGACUUUUUGUGGGACUCCAGAAUACGUAGCCCCAGAGAUCAUUCUGAACAAAGGUCAUGACAUUUCAGCUGACUAUUGGUCGCUAGGAAUCCUAAUGUAUGAGCUUCUGACUGGCAGUCCACCUUUCUCAGGCCCAGACCCGAUGAAAACCUAUAACAUCAUCCUGCGGGGGAUUGACAUGAUAGAAUUUCCAAAGAAGAUUGCAAAAAAUGCUGCUAACUUAAUUAAAAAACUAUGCAGGGACAACCCAUCAGAAAGGUUAGGAAAUUUGAAAAACGGAGUGAAAGACAUUCAAAAACACAAAUGGUUUGAAGGCUUUAAUUGGGAAGGUUUAAGAAAAGGCACCUUGACGCCUCCCAUAAUUCCAAGUGUUGCGUCGCCCACAGACACAAGCAAUUUCGACAGUUUUCCCGAGGACAGUGACGAGCCACCCCCUGACGACAACUCAGGCUGGGACAUAGACUUCUAAUGUAUUUCUCUUACCUGCUUCUGCCUUGCUGAAGACAGCUUUUUCUGAGACACAGCUGCCAGCAAACCUGAGGGAAAGAGAGAAGAUUAGUGCUCGGGGUCACCAUGAUGCCUUUGAUUGAUGCUGCUCCAGUAACUACGGUGGCAUUAGGACUCAUUGCUUAGAUUAUGAUAGUGCUCUUCACAUGUUUUAUGUUUGAACCUACAAUAACAGUUGACAUGGUGGUCCUGAAGCAAAGCCUUUUACCAGUAAAGUGAUGUUUUCUAUUGUUGCAAUGACCUUGCUUUGCUCUGAUUAUAUUUUGAAAGAGUGUAGGAAACACUUCCAUCCAGUAGAAGAGUCUGUAUCUUGCUAGAACUACCAAGAAUAGAGAAUAAUAUAUUCGGUACGAUAGAUGACUGUGAUACAGAAAACCUGGGCUCUCCCCGUUCGUCAAGGGAAGGGAGUGGAGCCUGUGACUUCAAGCCAGUAUAGACAUCGUACAAAGAGGACCACACAUUCGUGGGUCACAGAGGUCAUGUCGAACCAGUUUCUUUCCUAGCAGAUGACGAGACUGAAUGUUACCUUUCUUUUCUGAUGGGUUCUAAAAAUUGGCCUGACACAAAAAGCACAGCUGCUAUGGUUCUGUACAAGCCUCCCAUGGCAGGUGCAGAUGCAGUUUUUGGAGGAUUGAAAAUGUGCAUGGAAAUUGAGAAAUUGGCAAGACAAAGUGGAGGGGGAAAAGAAUUCACAAUACCAUUUCCUAUCUUUAAAAACUAUAUCUAUUGUGCUUACAGAUGGUCCUGGAAAUGACUAGCAGCCAGUUGGUUUUAUUUAUUACCUAACACCCUCAAACUGAGGCUUAAACUAUUCCCUUUUAUAAGAAUAAACCCUUA